AUGACAAUUGAUGAAAAUAUAACACUAAAUGAUCCAUUUCUAAAUUGUAUUAUUUUAACUGGUAAAUCAAAUGAAGAAUUUAAAUGUAUUAAAUGUAAAAGUGGAUAUUAUCUUAAUUCAAACAAUAAAUGUCAAGAAAAUUCACGUUGUACUAAAAUAAAUAAUCAAAGCCAUUGUAUUGAAUGUGCAUAUGGAUAUUAUCUUGAUUCAACAUAUGAAUGUAAUAAAUAUAUGAAUGGAUGUAAAAUUGGAAAUGAAACAUAUUGUUAUCAAUGUGGAGAAGAAUAUGUAAAUGUAAAUGGAGAAUGUCAAGGAAUGAAUAAUUGUAAAAAUUCAGAAAGGAAUUAUUGUUUAAAAUGUUUAAAUGGAUAUAAAAUAGAAAAUAAUAAAUGUGUUAAAGAUAAAGAAGAAUGUUAUUAUGAAGGAAAUGAAUGUGUUUCAUGUUCAAAUGAAUAUACAUUAAAUAAUGGAACAUGUGAAAGUAAAGAAAAUAAAAAUGGAAAGAAUGAAGAAAUAUAUUGUGAAAAUGGAAAAUACAUCAAGGAAUAA